CUCUGCCCGCCCCACACCCCCGUCCUGACUAGCUCAAAGCCUCAAACUCGGGCUGCCACGAAGCGAUUUUGCUCCAGCACAGCCAGCAAGCAGGGCUAAAGGACCUGCCCCCACAGAGCACCCUUCUUCGUGUAAAGUAUUUUCGGGAAGUCUAAAACCAUGAUGGAGGUGCGUCGGAUCUGUUGUAUCGGGGCAGGGUACGUGGGCGGCCCCACCUGCAGUGUCAUCGCUCAGAUGUGUCCUGAGGUUACGGUCACAGUGGUGGACGUGAACGAGGAGAGGAUCAGGGCAUGGAACUCCAGUUGCCUGCCCAUCUUUGAGCCGGGACUUCAGGAGGUGGUGGACUCCUGCAGAGGAGUCAAUCUCUUCUUCUCCACAGACAUCGACUCUGCCAUCAAAGACGCGGACCUUGUCUUCAUAUCAGUGAACACUCCCACCAAGACGUUUGGCAUCGGUAAGGGUCGUGCAGCCGAUCUGAAGUACAUCGAGUCCUGUGCUCGCCGCAUCGCUGAGGUGUCGAGUGGCUUUAAGAUCGUGGUGGAGAAGAGUACCGUCCCCGUCCGCGCCGCCGAGAGCAUCCGACGCAUCUUCAACGCCAACAUCAAGAGCAACCUGAGCCUGCAGGUUCUGUCCAACCCAGAGUUUCUGGCCGAGGGAACCGCCAUUACGGACCUGAAGAACCCGGACCGUGUUCUGAUCGGUGGAGACGAGACGCCAGAGGGCCAGAGUGCCAUCCAGGCCCUCAAGAGGAUCUACGAGCACUGGGUGCCCAAAAACAAGAUCAUUACCACCAACACCUGGUCCUCCGAACUCUCCAAACUGGCGGCGAAUGCCUUCCUGGCCCAGCGUAUCAGCAGCAUCAACUCCAUCAGUGCACUGUGCGAGGUGACGGGGGCGGACGUGGAGGAGGUGGCCCAUGCCAUCGGCACCGACCAGAGGAUAGGCAGCCGCUUCCUGAAGGCCAGCGUGGGCUUUGGAGGGAGCUGUUUCCAGAAGGAUGUCCUGAAUCUAGUGUAUUUGUGUGAAGCUCUCAACCUGCCCGAGGUUGCAAGAUACUGGCAACAGGUGAUCGAGAUCAAUGACUACCAGCGCAAGCGCUUCUCCUCGCGCAUCAUCAGCUGUCUCUUCAACACGGUGACGGACAAGAAGAUCGCCCUGCUGGGCUUCGCAUUCAAGAAGGACACCGGAGACACCAGAGAGUCCUCCAGCAUCUACAUCAGCCGCUACCUCCUGGAGGAGGGCGCGUGUCUCUGUGUGUACGACCCCAAGGUCAGAGCAGAGCAGAUCAUGCUGGACCUCACGCAAGGCACCGCCUCCGACAAGAACACUCCCUCCAGAGUAUCUCAGCUGGUGACGAUUGCCAGUGACCCCUAUGAGGCGUGCAAGGACGCCCACGCCAUCGCCAUCUGCACCGAGUGGGACAUGUUCAAGGAGUUGGACUAUGAGCGGAUCUACAAGGACAUGUUGAAGCCAGCAUUCGUCUUUGAUGGCAGGAGGAUCUUGGAUGGACUACACGACCAGCUGCAGUGCAUUGGUUUCCAGGUGGAGACGAUCGGCAAGCGUGUGAACCAGAGGAUCCCCUUCACCGCUCAGGACUCAGACCCGCAGCCCUCUAAAAAGAUGAAGGUCUGAAGUUGUUUACAACCAGGGCUGGACUUGGGGACAAAUAGGGCCCGGGCACUUUUGGUGGAAAGGGGCCCCUCAUAAGUAGAGGCGCAGAACUGACUCACCGGUGAGCCCCGCACCCUCAUGGGCCCCUAUUUUCAGAAAUGUGCAAAAAAUAAAUCAAAAUAAAUGUUUUAUUUUUUUUUUACAUUUCUGAAAAGAGUGGCCCACGAGGAUGCAGGGCCCACCGGGAAAUGCCCGGUAUGUCAGAUGGCCUGUCCAGCCCUGUUUGCAACUCAACACAGCUGGCAGAAAGGACAAAAGGACCAUCCGUUUAUAUAUUUAAUCUCAAGCAGGAAAUGUAAGCAUCUCAGUGUCUCUCCAACCGCUACAUACUACUGGAAGGGACACGUUUAAUAAGGGCUGGUAAAAAAAGAAAGGUGACUGGAAAAAGAUGAUUUUUUAAAAACAUUUUUGUACACUACAGGCCACCGUUGUGGUUGUCCACGUGUGUAUGUGUGUAUGAAUGAACUUUAUCUACAAUGCUGUGACAGAAGUCCAAAUUAUUUUGGCAAAUGUAUAAUUAUGUAAUCUUUUUUAUAAAUAAAGA